UGCGCGUUCCCAACUCCAAUUCUUGCUUCAUUCUCCUAUGUGGUGGGUACGUGCCACGUUCAAGGAUCAUCGCCAUCGCCAUCAUUAUAACCGUACCUCGCGCUGGCACGGGCUCGCGAGGCACGGGCCCGGCAGCUCGCCCCGAACGCGGCCGGAGGCGGACCGUUCCACACGACGACCAGCUGCAGCCCUAGCUACGCGACCCAUUGCCGAGCCGUCCGGGUAUACUGCAGCUGAGGAUCCUGCGAAGGAUCUGGCGAACGCGUUCACCCGCUGUCUGGCUUUAUUGAGCAGAAAGAGUUCCUGCCCCCGCAAUGGCAUCACGGCCGGCAGCGCCCGGAGGGUCGCAGACGCGGCAGCCCAUGGUGUUCGUGCCGACCGCCGGUAUGGCCGGACAGCCAAUGGCCGGAAUGCCAAUGGGAGGAAUGCCAAUGGGAGGAAUGCCAAUGGGAGGAAUGCCAAUGGGAGGAAUGCCAAUGGGAGGAAUGCCCAUGGGAGGAAUGCCCAUGGGAGGAAUGCCCAUGGCCGGAAUGCCCAUGGCCGGGAUGCCCAUGGCCGGGAUGCCCAUGGCCGGGAUGCCCAUGGCCGGGAUGCCCAUGGCUGGUGGCCCUCUCAAUGCGCAGCGCGGACCCUACGUUCAGAUGCCGACGCCGGGGUUGACGCCGUCGGCCGUACCACGCAUCCCGGGCUGCCCCGCGGGUCUGGAAUACCUGGCGCAGGUCGACCACCUGCUUGUCCACCAGCGGCUGGAGCUCAUGGAAAUGCUCGUGCCGUUCGAGACGAAGAACAAGUACGUUGUGAAGAACACCAUGGGCCAGUUCGUCUUCAUGGCGAUCGAGGACAGCGACUUGUUGAGCCGAUGCUUCUGCGGCAGCAUCCGGCCAUUCCAGAUGUCGCUGCUCGACUACCGCAGCGUCGAAGUGUUGCGGCUUUUCCGGCCACUUCGCUGCGACUGCUGCCUCUGUUUUUGCUGCCUACAGGAAAUGGACGUGCAGGAUGCUUCCGGUGCCACGAUGGGGUCCCUCCGGAUGGAGUGCACAAUGAUAUACGCGAAGUUUUCGGUCCUCGACAGCGAAAAGAACGUUGUCCUGCUCAUCAAAGGCCCCUUGUGCACAUCAUCCAUCUGUUGCAAUGACGUGGUCUUCGAUAUCCUAGCCACGGACGGCGUCACGAAGCUGGGCGCGAUAACGAAGGUCUGGACCGGAAUGUUGCGGGAGACCUUCAGCGACGCCGACAACUUCGCGGUCACGUUCCCCCUGGAUUUGGACGUGAAGAUCAAGGCCGUGCUGAUCGGCGCGGUGUUUUUAAUUGACUUCAUGUUCUUCGAGAGUGGAGCCGGCGGAAACAACCUGGAUUGUCCCGGCAACUUAUUAAAUUAGUUAUUCGAAGAUCA